AUGAGCCCUCUAUACCAGGGCCUGACUUGCAUGCCGCCCUCAGUCGACAACAGCUCCGCCGGCACCUGCACCGUCGGUGGUUUCCCCUCGUACGUCGUCAAGGCCACGAAUGUGGCGCAGAUCCAGCUCGCAGUCAACUUUGCCCGCAAUCUCAACAUUCGUCUCGUGGUCAAGAACACUGGCCAUGACUUCAACGGUCGCUCCUCUGGAUCCGGUGCCCUUUCCGUUUGGACUCAUCACCUCAAGAGUAUCAACUUCUAUAAGACCUACACCACCACCUCUUACUCUGGCCCUGCUCUCAAGGUUGGUGCUGGUGUUCAAGGCUUCGAGCUGUAUGAGGCAGCUGAGAAGUUCGGUGUGACUGCUGUCGGUGGCGAGGGCAUGACUGUCGGCUAUGCUGGAGGCUACCUUGCAGGUGGUGGUCACUCACCGCUGUCACCCAAGUACGGCAUUGCUGCUGACUCGGUCCUGAGCAUCGAUGUCGUUACUCCCGAUGGACGCUUCGUUACUGCCAACGAGAAGCAGAACACGGAGCUGUUCUGGGCUCUUCGAGGCGGCGGUGGAAACACCUAUGGUGUUGUUACCUCAUACGUCGUCAGGGCCUACCCUAAGAUCGACACCAUCGCCGUCAUGACCUUCAGCUUCAGCACCAGCGCAACCGUCAGCCACGAAGCCUUCUGGGCCGGCGUCAAGGCCUACUGGGAGGGUCUCCCCACCUGGAACGCGGCUGGCAACUACGAGUACUGGAACAUCUUCCACACGGGCCCCGAUGCCCUCACUUUCACCAUGCUCCCCUGGUUCGCCCCCAACAUGACUCUCGCCCAACUCAAGGAGCUCACUGCCCCGCUGUUCGCCAAGUGGACGGAGCUGGGCAUCACCGUCGAUCCCGUUUACACCGAGCACAAGAGCUUCCUCCCCGCCUGGAAGGCCGGAUUCCCCAAGGAGUCCGUCGGCGGCACGGCCGCCAAGACGGCGUGCCGUCUCUUCCCUACCGAAAACUUCUCCGACGCCACGAAGUUCAACGCUACCUUUGAGGCUAUCAAGGGCCUUAGCGACAAGGGCGGUCAGAUCAUUGGCUUCGGCAUCACCGGCGGCCCCGGCCCUUACCCCGACAACGCUGUCAACCCGGCGUGGCGCGGCGCUGCCAUGUUUGCCAUUUCCGUCAUGGGCUGGGACGUUGGCACGCCCGCCGAGGUCGUUGCUGAGAAGUCGAAGCUGUUGACCAACGAGUGGAUGAAGCCUUGGCGGGAUGUCACCCCUGGCGGUGGCGGAUAUGCCAGUGAGGGUGACGUGACUGAGCCUGACUUCCAGCAGUCAUUCUACGGUACUGAGAAGUACGCCCGCCUGCUCGCAUUCAAGCAAAAGAUUGAUCCUACUGGUGUCUUUUAUGCCAACCUGGGUGUCGGCAGCGAGAGUUGGUACGUCACGCGCCAACUUGAUGGCUUCCCGACCCAGAAUGGCCGUUUGUGCCGUGUUUGA